AUGCCGCGCAUAUCACGCCUCAAAAUCAACACCAUGGUUCCCAAGCUCGUCCCCAACGACCCUCGGGUCCGUGAAGAAACCGUCUCCAUCCGAGGCAAGCAGUACAACUACAUUAUCGGCGAGCCGGACUCCCAGCCCAUUGAAACCGUCUUCCUCAUCCAUGGCUUCCCAGACAUGAACUUUGGAUGGCGCAAUCAAAUCCCCUACCUUGUCUCCCUGGGCCUGCGUGUCGUGGCCCCCAAUAUGCUAGGCUACGCUGGUACUUCAUGCCCCGAGGACCUGGCAGAGUUCUCGCACAAGAGCAUCUCCGCAGACAUCAAGGAGCUGGCUACCCGUUUCGUCGGUGAAAACGGCCAAAUCAUCCUCGGCGGGCACGACUGGGGCGGUGCGUUCGUCUGGCGAACCGUCCUCUGGUACCCGGAGCUCAUCAAGGCCAUCUUCAGCGUGUGCACGCCGUUUAUGCCGCCGAACCCGCAAUGGGUUCCCCUGGAGGACUACAUUGCUGCUGGGAAGCUCACCAAUUUCAAGUACCAGCUGCAGUUUGCGGGGCCAGAUGUCGAGCGGGAGCUGCAGAGCGAGGCGAAGAUUCGGCAGUUCCUGAACGGGACGUUUGGCGCAAAGGGUCCGAAUGGCGAGACGGGCUUUUCUACGGAUGAAGGCGUGAUUUUUGAUAAUCUGCCCAAGUUGGGACCCUCGCCGCUCGUUUCAAAGGAGGAGCUGGAUCAUUAUGUGGCGCGGUAUAUGCUGCAGGCUGGGCCGUCGCCGAUGAAGGGCCCGCUGAAUUGGUACAGGAUGAGGAAGAUCAACUAUGAUGAGGAGGUGGCUCUGCUCAAGAACUUUAAGAAGGUUGAUGCGCCGGCUUUGUUUGUUGCCGCGUCGGAUGAUAUUGCUUUGCCGCCCGAGAUGUCGGCCGGCAUGGAGAAGUGGUUUAGGGAUUUGUCGAGGGCGGAGGUCAAGUCUUCGCAUUGGGCGUUGACCCAGGCUGGCGAUGAGGUGAAUAAGGUGAUUGGGGAGUGGUUGAGCAAGGUGUUGGAUGGGGCGGUGAAGCCUUCUCUGUAG